UAAGCGGUGCUGACAUGUCUGGCCGAGGCAAAGGCGGGAAGGGUUUGGGCAAAGGGGGCGCUAAGCGCCACCGCAAGGUGCUGCGCGACAACAUCCAGGGCAUCACCAAGCCCGCCAUCCGGCGGCUGGCCCGGCGCGGCGGCGUCAAGCGCAUCUCCGGCCUCAUCUACGAGGAGACCCGCGGGGUGCUCAAGGUGUUCCUGGAGAACGUGAUCCGGGACGCCGUCACCUACACGGAGCACGCCAAGCGCAAGACGGUCACGGCCAUGGACGUGGUGUACGCGCUCAAGCGCCAGGGCCGCACCCUCUACGGCUUCGGCGGCUGAGCGCUGCGGCACUUCUGCUACCUCCACAAGCACAAAAAGGCCCUUUUCAGGGCCGCCCACGUUUUUCACGAAAGAUCUGUAGCUUUUGGU